GCCCACCUGAGUCACUAUCAUCCCGACACUUUAUACGACAGACAAGUUUAAUUUUGCCUCAACCAUGGAGAUCCGAGUUUUUGGGUUGGUUUUAAUUGCCACGCUAAUGGCAACAGUUGGAGCAGUCAUCUACAACAGACCGUGCCCGGAAGUUGGUCCUCCGGUAGUUCAAAACUUUCAAGUAGAACCCUAUCUGGGCCGCUGGUACGAACUGCAACGUUACGAGCAGGAGUUCGAAUUGAACUACGACUGUUCCCAAGCCCGAUACGGAUUGUUAGAUGACCUGACGGUGUCUGUGACCAAUUCGGCCUACAAUCUGUUCAACUCAUCUACAACGCAGCUAGAAGGAACUGCCAAGAUUUCCUUCCCGGAGGAGGAAUAUUUACAGGGAAAAUUGAAUGUUUCGUUUUUCGGAAGACCUAACGACCGGGCCAACUACUGGGUGCUGGAUACUGACUACGAGAAUUUUUCGAUCGUUUGGUCCUGUGAGCCAUUGCCGGAGGAACAGUCCAACGAGAGUUUCUGGCUGCUGUCUCGAACCCGGACGCUUAGCUCGGAUCCGGUAGUCGAUAUGCGUGUUCGAUCGGUCAUUCGACGGUACAUCGACCGAAGUGAAAUCCGAAUCACCAACCAACUGGACCCUCGGUGUCCGGAUUUCAUGUUGCGCUACGGAACGAUUUUUGUGCUGAGUUUAGUGAUUAACAUUGGCCAAGGUUUCGUCGUUAAAGACGGAAACUGUUCCUUGGUGUCCAGUGAAAUGCCUGUUGUUGAAAAUUUCCUGCUCGAGAAGUACCUCGGCAAAUGGUAUGAAAUGGAACGGUACGAGCAGGAUUUCGAGCGAAACCUAGAAUGUGUGACGGCCGUCUACACCCGAAACUAUCACGACGGCACCGUUAGCGUCAAGAGCAAGGGAUUGCUUCCGGAAAAGGAUGCCUACGCAUCAUUCAAUGGAAUUGCCACCUUUACCGAUCCUCUGCUCGAUCCCGUCAUCGGGAAGCUCAAUCUGACCUAUGGAAUCGGCGCGAAUGACAUUUCCAACUACUGGAUCGUGGACACCGACUACGAUAAUUUUGCCGUUAUUUACUCGUGCACACCGAUUGAAGGCUCGGAAUCCGUUAUCGAAGGGUAUUGGCUGCUGUCGAGAACUCCAAAGCUUACGGAAGAACUGGUCAUAACGGAGAAACUUAAGUUCCUGCAGAAUCACUACUUUGUCCCGUCGCACAUCAGACCUACCAAUCACAGUGAAUCUUUAGAAAUGAUGACGUUUACCAUGACCGUGUUGUUGCUCGGGCUAGCCUCGAUGGCGCCUUGGAACGUCGCGAGCCAGCGGAUUGUCCAACAGCCCUGCCCUGACCCAGACACUCGACCGAUUGUGCAAAACUUUGACCUCAGCCGGUACAUCAAGGGAAAAUGGUACGAGAUCCUCCGGUACGAUCAGUACUUCGAACGUGGCUGCGACUGCGGAUUUGCCACCUACACGCUAAAGUUAAACAACUCAAUUAAGGUGGAAAAUUGCUGUGAACGGCUGCCCAAUGUUACGCUGCACUGUUCGAUUGGAAAGGCCGUCGUGAGUUUUCCCGAUGCCGACACGAUCGUGGGAAAACUGAACGUCACCUUCGGUGGACCUCCCAAAGACUCGAACUACUGGAUCAUGGACACGGACUACGACAACUACGCCAUCAUCUAUUCCUGUAAAAAUCUGUCUGACUCAACGUCAGCCGAAGCGGCAUGGGUCCUGUCAAAGCAAAGAACUCUCAAACCGGAGGUCCGCAGUCACGUAGACGAACUCGUCGAUAAGCAUCUGUCUCGGGCAGAUAUGCGUGUCACCGAGCAGAGCCAAUCGAUAUGCAAAUACGAAAACUAGCCAGCAAAAACUUGGAUUAAUUGAUCGGGAAAACUUUGGUCGAGAUUUUGCUGUCUUGAAGAAGGAAAAAAAAAUUCCGACAAACAGUUCCGUCAACAGCAGUUGCAGAAGCAGCUUCAAAUUGUAGCAUCAUCAUCAUCAUCAUCACUAGCAUCAUCGUCAGCAUUAAGACCUGCGGCCAAUCUUCAUUGUAGAAUUGCAUCCGAACACUAGACUGGAACGAUGUCGGAAAGCUGUAGGGUGACGAACCAAGGUUUUUUUUUAUGAUUUGCAAUAAAUUUGUUUCUACGUUC